AUGCGUCCUCAGUCGCUGUUUCCAUUGUUGGCUCUUGGGAAUAUCGCCCAUGGCGCCGCCACCGGUGACGUCUCCCCCGGCGGCCUUGCGUUGACUCGUCGCGAACUGGAAGCUCGGGGCUUCGUCGACGACAUCUGGAAGAAGAUCAAGAACGUGGCCAGUUGCGCCGGCUGCGAGGGCGUCUUGGGUCUGUUCAAGGGCCUCACGUGGCUCGGCGACGGCGCCUUUGUCAGGGUGACUCAAACCAUCUGCAAGCUCGCCAAGGUCCAGGAUGCCGAUGUCUGCGAAGGCGCCAUCGCCCUCGAGGGCCCCGUCAUCGCCAACGUCAUCCGGAAUUUGAAGAUCGGCUCCAAGACGUCCAAGACCUUCUGCACCACUCUUUUCGGCCUCUGCGGGUUCCCCGACGUCGCGCCGUGGAGCGUGCCUUUCCCCUCGGUCAAGCCGUCCCGGAGUCGUCCCAAGUCCGGCGGCAAACCCCCGAUCAAAAUCGUCCACUACUCGGACAUUCACAUUGAUCCCCUCUACGUCGCCGGCGCGUCGGCCGAUUGUAGCAAGCCCAUCUGCUGCAGGCCCUACACGCCCGCCGAUGCGCCUGGAAAGAGCAAGUCGCCCGCGGGGCCCAACGGCGACCACAAAUGCGAUGUGCCCUUCAGCCUCGAGAAGAGCAUGUAUCGAGCCAUCAACAAGGUUGCGCCCGACGCAGCCUUUGCCAUCUUCACCGGCGACAUUGUCGACCAUGCCGUCUGGAAGACGAGCCAGACGUCCAACGCGCAGAUCAUCGAUCACGCGUACACCACCAUGAACGACUCUCUCAAGCUCGUAUACGGCACCGUCGGCAACCACGAGCAGCAUCCCGUGGACGCCAUCCAGCCCAUCUCCGUCGGCAACAACGCGAAUUGGCUCUACGGCCUCCUGUCCUCCAAGUGGCAGUCGUGGAUCGGCAAGCCUUCGACGGCGAGCGCCGAGAGCAUGGGUGCCUACUCGACCAAGUAUCCCAAGGGAAACCUACGCGUCAUCUCGCUCAACACCAACCUGUACUACCAGCGAAAUUACUGGCUGUACCGGAACAUGGAGGACAAGGACCCCAACUCUCAGAUCGCGUGGCUCGUCAGAGAACUAGACGCCGCCGAAAAGGCGGGCGAGAACGUGUACAUCAUCGGACACAUGCCCUUGGGCGACAAGGAUGCCCUGCCGGAUCCGUCCAACUACCUCGACCAGAUCUUGAAGCGCUACUCGUCCAUCAUUUCCGCCAUGUUCUUCGGCCACACCCACGUCGAUCACUUCGAGAUCAGCUACACCGACUACGCCGCCCGGACGGCGGAGAACGCGUACCUGACGUCGUACAUUGCUCCGUCGCUCACGCCGACCUCGGGCAUGCCGUCGUUUCGCGUCUACGAAGUCGACCCGGACACGUUCGCCGUCAGGGAUGUCAUCACCUACAUUGCCGACAUGAAAAACCCUGCCUUUCAAACGACGGGUCCCGUGUGGGCCAAGUUCUACUCGGCCAAGGAGGCGUACGGCAAGGCGGUCGACCCGCCCGUCACGGACCCCGAGGCCGAGCUGACGCCGGCCUUUUGGCACAGGGUCACGGAAGCCUUUGAGAAGGACGCGAGCUUGUUCGACGCCUACAUGGCACGCAAGAGCCGCGGGUGGAACGUGGCCAAGUGCACGGGUGACUGCAAGGCGGCCGAGCUGUGUCAGCUCCGUGCCGGCCGGGCCCAAAACAACUGCUUCGUGCCUCAACCAGGUUUCCAUUUCAGCAAGCGGAGCGAGGUUGCGCACGAGCACGGCGAGCACGACGAGUGCGGCGUGCCGGUGACGAUGAAGGCGCUGAGCGCGCUGACCGACAGCAAGGAGAUGCUGCAAAAGUUCCAGGAGCUGAUUGAAGAGGAGAGGGCUCGGGCGGAAAAGCUCGGAGAACAGCCGAAGCUGUAG